AUGUUGCGUCACUGCUGCUUUAAAGACGAGCCUAGCCGAGCCGAGCCAGGCCAAAAAAAAACAUAAACUCCGCUCCAGAUGGACCGCUUCGGAGCCUGAAACCCCGGACUGAAGACCCGGAAUACACCCGGGGUCAAAGCCCUCCAUCCAACCCGGAAACUCCCGGGACGAAACCCGGAUUAUACCCCGAGUCCCGGGACAUUUAACCCGGACUGUAGACGCCUCUGGCCGGCUCCGCUCUUCCAACAUGGCCGACGCCGAGGUCUCUUUGUCCCCGGCUCUGCGGCCACUCCACCUAAGCCCCUCCCACUCAGCCCCACCCGCCCCACCUCCCGCAUCCUCCUCCCCCACCACCUUCUCCUGCCCUUCCUCCCCCUCCAGCGCCUCCUCGUCCUCCUCCUCUUCAUCAUCUUCCUCUUGUUCAGAGAGCUCCUCUGACUGCCCCCACCACCACCACCACCACCAUCACCAUCCACGCCCCCAGCUAACAGCUGCCCCCACCCCUCCACACAGCGAGCAGACGUCCUCCCCCAGCGCCAGCCCCCGCAGCUCCAGCCCCAGCGGGAGCAUCGGCAGCACCGGCAGCCUCGGCAGCAGCGCCAGCGAGGGCAUCGGCAGCAGCGGCACGUCGAGCGGCGGUGAACCUCGAGGCCCGAGCCCCCCGCUGGACGUCAUCUCGGAGGACGCCAUGGAGAUGGACCUCGGGGUCGACCAAGUGAUCGACCCUGAAGUCGCUCUGAAGGCUUGUCAGGAUGUUCUUCUCAAGGUCAAGCUGCAGAACAGGGACGUGCCUGAGCAGCAACAAGUGGACAACAAACAGGACGAUCAACAACAACACUACACCGACUCAACAGAGAGCUCCGGCCCACAGUGGCACAUCAGCCCGGACACCAGCUCCAUCAAAGAAGAAGACGAGGAGGAGGAGGAGGGCGGGGCUUCUGAGAAGGAUGGAGACAAACAAGGCGUCGCUUCCCAGCGAGAUCCGCCUCCUUCAGCGCGGCCGGACUCUUCUUCACUGCUGUCGGCGUCCUCGCCGUCCUCCUCCAAACAGUCGUGGCUGCUGCGCCUGUUUGAGUCCAAGCUGUUUGACGUCUCCAUGGCGAUCGCCUACCUGUACAAGUCGAAGGAGCCGGGGGUGCAGGCGUACAUCGGGAACCGCCUCUUCAGCUUCCCCGACAGCGAGGUGGACUUCUACCUGCCGCAGCUGCUCAACAUGUACGUGCACAUGGACACCGAGGUGGGAGACGCCAUCAGACCGUAUCUGAUUCACCGCUGCAGAGCCGGCAUCACCUUCUCUCUGCUGACGGCCUGGCUGUUGGGAGCGUACUCCUCCGACAUGCACAUCUCCACCCAGCGUCACUCCAGAGGCACCAAGCUGCGGAAACUGAUCCUGUCCGACGAGCUCAAGCCUUCCGAUCCCCCGUCAGACGCUCACAGAGCGGCUUCUGUUACCGACAGCCCGGCCUCCUCGCCGUCACACCGCCGCUGCCACCGGAGGCACAACAGCAGCAACGUGGAGGCCGCCCCCCCCCUCUCUACAUCCGGCCCCCCCCCGGACAGCCCCGUACCUGGGGAGGCGGAGGCGUUUGUUUCUCCGUCCAGGAGGACCCACCAGAGGUCCAAGUCGGACGCCACCACGGCGAGCAGCGGGCCUGGCUCCGGCCUCCGCCGCACCGGAAGUAACCCGAAGGUGGAAGCCGUCCAUCAGGAGCUGGAGCGUCUGCGUCCUCAGAGGGAGUUGGUGAAGUCUCUGCUCGGCAUUGGAAAGCGUUUGGCGACGCUGCCGACCAAAGAGCAGAAAACUCAGCGGCUGAUCUCAGAGCUGUCGCUGCUCAACCACAAGCUGCCGGCCCGGGUGUGGAUGCCCACCGCCGAGCACCAGCACCACGUCUGCAGGAUCCCCCACACGCAGGCCGUCGUGCUCAACUCCAAAGACAAGGCUCCGUACAUCAUCUACGUGGAGGUUCUGGAGUGCGAGAGCUACGAGACGUCCCCGGUUCCCGUUCGGAUCCCGGAGACGAGGAUCCGCUCCGCUCGCUCCGCGGAUAACCUGGACUGUGGCGGCAGCAUCACUGCGGCUAACGCCGGCAGCGGGAUGACAUCAGAGCACAGAGCAGGAAGUUUCUCCACCGUCCCGAACUACGACAAUGACGACGAGGCGUGGGCCACAGACGACAUCGGACAGCUGCAGGUGGAGGUGGAGGCUCAGACCAGCAGCUCUGAUAACAUCAGUCAGUUCUCGGUGGACAGCAUCACGAGUCUGGAGAGCAAAGAGCCGGUGUUCAUCGCCGCCGGAGACAUCAGGCGGCGUCUGUCGGAGAACCUCGCUCACACGCCGACCUCGUUCAGAAGAGACCCCGAGGACCCGUCAGCCGUCGCCCUCAAAGAACCAUGGGAGGAGAAAGUCCGGAGGAUCAGGGAAGGCUCUCCGUACGGUCACCUGCUGAACUGGCGACUGCUGUCGGUCAUCGUGAAGUGUGGAGACGACCUGCGGCAGGAGCUGCUCGCAUACCAGGUCCUCCGACAGCUGCAGUCGAUCUGGCAGCAGGAGCGAGUUCCUCUGUGGAUCAAGCCUUAUAAGAUCCUGGUGAUGUCGUCAGACAGCGGGAUGAUUGAACCCGUGCUGAACGCCGUCUCUCUGCACCAGGUGCGUAAACAGAGCCAGCUGUCUCUGCUCGACUACUUCCUGCAGGAACACGGCAGCUUCACCACCGAAGCGUUCCUCACCGCUCAGAGGAACUUCGUGCAGAGCUGCGCCGGAUACAGCCUCAUCUGUUACCUGCUGCAGGUCAAAGACAGACACAACGGUAACAUCCUGCUGGACUCUGAAGGUCACAUCAUCCACAUCGACUUCGGCUUCAUCCUCUCCAGCUCUCCUCGUAAUCUCGGCUUCGAGACGUCGGCCUUCAAACUCACGUCAGAGUUCGUCGACGUGAUGGGUGGUCUGGACGGCGACAUGUUUAUCUACUACAAGAUGUUGAUGCUUCAGGGUCUCAUCGCUGCCAGGAAGCACAUGGAGAAGGUGCUGCAGAUAGUGGAGAUCAUGCAGCAAGGUUCCCACCUCGCCUGCUUCCACGGCUCCAGCACCAUCCGCGGGCUGAAGGAGCGUUUCCACAUGUCUCUGACGGAGGAGCAGCUGCAGCUGCUGGUGGAGCAGCUGGUGGACGGGUCCAUGCGCUCCAUCACCACCAAACUCUACGACUCCUUCCAGUACGUCACCAACGGCAUCAUGUGACCGCCGACGGCGGCUCCACCCGACCCGGAUGUUUGAACUUUGGGACGAUUUACUGGAUCAGACUCGACUCUGUUAUCUCGUCCGUCUCUGAAGUUUCUAACGGAUUUGUUUUGAAUGUGACGAUCAGCUGAUUUGUUGCGUUACAUUCAUGGGCAGCUGGGAAAGUACAGCGUCUGGGACUUUUCCAGUUCGUUUUACAUCCUCUGAAAAAAAGUAAAACCAGGAGCAGAAACACUAAACAGGAAGUCUCUGGAUUCACACUUCUGGAGACUAAUGUAAUUUAGAAGAACGCGUUUGACUGUGAACACGUUGGAGCUCAGAGUGGAUCGUUCCGUCUCAGACAUUAAUCUUGUUUCUUGACUAAACUGCAGGGAACUUUUGAAUUUGGGUUUUCAGCAGCUGAUCAGACGAAAACAUUUCUUAUUAUUUUUACAUUUUAUAGACCAAAUGAUUCCUCUGGUAACUGAACGUCAGACAACAGCUUGUUCCUCAUAUUCAAUCGGCCAUUUUAGUUUUUACACUUUUAGUUAAUUGUUUGUCUUUAAGGAGCUCCAGAUUUGAAUUUGUGAUUCUGCCACAAUAACACUGGACGACAGAAACUGCUCAAAGAAAUGUUGUUCAUGAAUUUAACUUGUGGACUUCAGAAGCACAUUAAGAAAAAACUUGACCCGUAAACAGUUUUUCACAAGAAAACUGAAAGUCGAGCCAAUAAAAAUUGUUCUCGUAAUUACGAAAAAUGUCAAAAAUAGAAGAAAAUGCUGCAGAAAUUAUCGCAUAAUGACGAUCACCAGAUAAAAGUCUCGUAAUACGAGAUGUCGGGUGAUAAUGUUGAAGUUUAAUGUUUUAGAAAUAUAAAAUCUUUCGGUAGAAGAAGGAAAGAAACGCGUUUGUGAAACUAAUGAAUGGUCAUCUUUCAUUUUGUGAUUACUAAGGAUGCUAAGUCCUCACAAGAUUAAUGAAAUAUGUUUGUCGAUCUUUAAAUUCCAAUAAAUUUGAUUGCAGUUUGACAGCAACUCGAAUAUUUUUAAUAAAAUAUCAGUCAAAACAUUUCUCAAACUUAAGAAGUCAGUUUGUAUGUUUGUUCUUAAAGAACAGAACGUGAUGAAACACUAAACUCUACGUGGAGAAGCACAACGCGUUUCCUUUGCUCGGAGAAAAGAGACCGACGGUCUUUAGUUUGAGAAGUUGAGACGAAGUGUUUUCACCAGACAUUUAUCACAACCAGCCGUCGUCGUGUCUUUUGUGUGAAAAUUUAAAAAGCACUUUCAACACGAGUUAAAAGUUAAAUGUGUCCAAUGCAAGUUCAGGACAAGAAAUCAAUCCCUGUUAGCAUGCAGCAUGCUAAGUAUUAGCACGUCAACUUGCUAACUGUGAGCGUGCAUGCUAACGUCGGUAUGCUCUCCGCUUGCAUGUAGCUUCUGUGUUCGUCAACAUUACUGUGACUUUUUGAAAUACUUGUACAAACAUUAACUUAAUUUGGCCUAAAAAGUUAAACAUUGGCGCGAUAACAUCCAAUUGCGGCUAACGAGUUUAAACAUGCUAUUGUUAGCAUGCGUUCGUCGUCGUUUUUGAACCUAAAAACAAAUCGUGACCUUGUUUUUAGGAAUGUUUUUGUCAGAAGUGAUCUUGUUUGAAUUUAACUGUCGCGUUUUCCUGUAAAGUUGAGAUCACUAUUUUAAUGUGCAGCGCUAACGUUCACAUAUUUUAGGACUUUUAGGUGUAUUGUGACUUUAUUAACAAUGUUCACGAACACGCCGAAACGUGAGGAGAAACGUUUCGCAGAAGGUGACGAGUGUCUGGUGAAAAAGAAAACUAUUACAAUUUGACGCGUCAACUCAUCAGUUUAUUUAAUCUGCAUGUUUGUCACUGAAUAAUUUCAUUUUCCUAUUUUUUUUAUUCUUGUGUCUUGAAUUUCAUGUUAUUCACGUGUUAUUUUGUUCAGAUUACUACACGACUUGUUAAAGACGCUAACGUUAACGAAACUCUUAGACGGGUUCAGGUCAUUUCUUCCGGACACUUCAACAUACUUGAGUGGAAACGAGCGAAACGUUUCCUUUGCAACAGAUUUAUGCAAGAACCUCCUCUUCAUGUUAACUGGACGUCUCUGUGUACGCUGAAUUAAUGUUAGUUAUCUGUCUGUUAACGAUAUAGUUGCAUAUUUAACGAACGCUCGACGCUCUUCCUCCACGAUCAGCCGACAGAAACAUUCCUGUGAUUAACUUUGGCUGAACGAGAGCGAGAGACGUUUCUGUUUGACAGUUUAUUUUUCUUUGAGGAGAGAAGUUUCCUGAAUAUGUGAAUGUUUUUUUUUUAUAUAAUAACAGUCCACGAAAACAAGUGACACUCAGAUGUUCUCAGUAUGGACUUUAACACUUGAUGUUUUAAGUAAUGUUGGUAACACUAUCGAUGGCUUUAUUCCAGUGUUUUACGUACGAACGUUGUUUUUACACAGAAAUUACUGUAUUUUUUUGAGGACUCUGUUUCAAAGGAUUUAUAGAGACGUUAGUUGACUAGCUAACAAAUCUAGUAGACGGCAACAUUAGCUAAUGCUACCAGAACUUUGAGAUAAAUUAGCUAGCAACAAUUUGUUCAAAUGUGAGGUAGCUAGUUAGCUAGCCAGCAGGCUAGUUAGCUAAUUGAUGCGCUUGUAUGUUUGAGACUACAAUGGAAUUGACAGGAAGGACCAACAACGAAUGAAAAACCCUGUUACUGCUAGCUAAUAAGCUAGUUAGCCGAGCUAAUAAUAAGCUAGUUAGCCAACUAAAAAUGAAGGCUGUACAAUGAAGUAAUUUGUUUCUAACAUAAUUUCAGUUGAACGUUUUUGAUUAUUUUUAGGAGGAAAAACUAGCUGGUGACCACAAGCUGUUUUCUGUUAGCACCCUGGUGGAAAUGAACAUUUUAUAAAUUAAUCAUAUAAUUGUAAAGAUAUUAUAAAAGCUGUAAUAAAGCCAAUAUUUGGUGUUACGGUCAUUAGCAUCUGUACAGUUGUUUUUGUGUGUUUUGACCACUAUUGAAGGAGAAGCACAGAUCUAUUAUUGUAAACUGUUACCGUCUGCUAACCGUUAGCCUGCUACCCGUUAGCUUACUACUUUAUACGCCACCGCUUGACAAAGAUGCAGCUGUGGCUAAAGUUUACCAGAUAAGCAACUUAAAUAGCAAAAUACUAUCUUGUUCUUUUCAUGUGUGAAUAUGUACGUAUGUAAAUGAACUGAGUCAGUUCUCCUGUGAGAUGCCUUGAGAUGUACAGAAGGUACAAACUCUUAUCAAUGCAACUGGGGGGGCGAAGGGGUUCGUGUGUCGGACCUGAGAAGUGCUUUUAUAUCAGACGUUUGACCGCUUUAGGGACGAGUUUCAAACCUUAAAUGUCUUCCUCUCUGACACCAGUCCGGUCGGGAACCAUGUUUAUUUAUAUUUACGAGUUAUUGUAGUCACAUGUUCAUUAUAGAAACAUUUAUGAUGGCAAAACUAAAUUCUAAUUCUAAAUGUCAGAAGUUGUCUUUGUGUUGAACUUUGAAUAAAAAGGUGAGUAAAGGCCAAAAUGCCUUUUAGAUAAAUAGCUGCUAAAAUAGUUGUAAUGAAGUCUGGUGCAGCCGGAGAGGAAAACACUGCAGUCUGUUGGAGCUCGUCUCUGCUACUAAAAACCUUUCAUUGCCUUCUUUUCUCCUUUUCAUCCGCUCGAAAACAGUCAAGAAUUUCAAUGUGAAAAACUCUUAAAGUGCAUUUAUCCUGAAAAUGUUUCGUCAUUUGUAAAGGUUUCCUCCAUGUUUUUAACUUUUAAAGCAGCGGGGGGGGCUCCAUCUUUAGUUGGAUUUUUUUCAAGACAUUGAGUUUCUACUGGAAUCAAAACAAAGUAGCUUCAUGUAUUGGUUUCAAUGAGAGAUGCUAACGAUGCUAACUGAGGUUUUAUAAAACUGAUCGUGUGUGUAAACAAACGAGUCGACAGCAAACAGUUUGAUUUAGUUUUUACUGAUAAUUUCAUGACAUUAAAUACAAAGCUUAAACAGCGGCACGUUUAAAAACACCGGACGACAACAGGAAGUACCGGCGACGCCCCGAAAACACCCAGAGGCAUGAUGGGAAAGUUUCUAAGUGCUUAAUGUUCCUCAGAGAACUCUUUACUCCGUUUGAGAUGUGGCUUUAAAUAACAAGUGUUAAAUCAAGUUUGUUUUUAAAAUUCACUUUGAAACCAAAAACUGUCCAAAAAUCUAAACCAGAUU